AUGACGGACUUCGCUGACAUUCAAAAGAUGGGGCGGCCACGCAAGAUAAAGGAGAUUGCCGGGCGGCUCAACCUGAACAUCCCCUACUACUCCUCCAACUACGUUGAAAUCUUCUACGCUGUCACGAUGCCGCUCCUUCUCCUGUACAACAAGCCCUUCUUCAUUGUAACCUUUCUAACCAUAGUGGUAAUCCACUCCAUCCGAAUGCACAAGAAGAAGACGCACACGUACGGCGAUAGCGUGGUGGUGUUGGGCCGACCGAUCAGCUACCGAAACCUGGGCCACCUCCUCGUGUUCGCCUUGGUGAUGCUGCUCUUCUUCAACGGAUUGCGCACUCUGAUGUGGGUUCUCCUGCUGAACUUCUGCAUCAUUGUUCCACAUGCACUGAUACGCAAGCCCACGUACUUUGAUGACGAGGACCUCGAGAAGUGCCGGCCAAAGAUGGCACAGUAUGCGAUCUGUCUGAUUAUUCUGGUGCUAGCCUACUUGGAGGGUGAUACGUCCCACGACGAGGAAGCAGAAAACCGGCGAGCCGUAGAGCGGGAACGAAAGCGAAUGGCACAGGUACUGGCGAAGCGCGAGUCAACGGGCUAA